UAUAUGUAAAUCGCACAUCUCAAAUUUUGUGGCAUCAUGGAUCUGUGGAUGGUGCGGAGACACACCGCAUGAGGUAGUACGCUAUGUUCCUAAUCAUGCGUUCCAUACUGCCUCAUUCAGACAUGGUUAGCAUCACUCUCAGACUUUGCAAACUCUGUCAUGUUGUCACUCACUUUGCGACAAAUGCUUGUUUCUUUCAUCCAAAACCAUUCCUAAAAUUGCUCCUAUGUCUCAUUUUCUUUUGCUAGUCAUUAAAGAAAUAAUUUAUGAUUAUAUGUUCAUCCUGCUUGAAUAGACAAACCUGAACCAUCUGACUAUUCUCGCAAGCAAGUCACACCCCUAUGCAUGGAAUGGCAUUAUUUCAGUUGCUACUCGGACUUGUAAUACUUGGGAAUGUGGCAGAAGCAUUGUUGGAUUCAUCUCCAUUAACAAAAUUUCAACCAGAAAUUGGUAUUGUUCAAAAUUUACAAAAGCAGCAUAUAUGGAAAUCAGAGCAUGAAGUACAGGAAGUUCAGGAUCUGUUGUCAAAUACUUAUAAAAAUCUAAUAACAAGUGUCAAAUUGUCAUCAGAAGAAAAUAGCACAGAUUGUAUCAAAUCACUUGUUGACCUCUCUGUUGAUGCUGUAUUCCAACAAAAGUAUGCAUUACAAGUACUUGAUGCCUCUGGAAAGCUUGAAAGUGGAAUUAUGAUGGGGAAUUACAAGUGGGAUGGCUUAUAUUAUGAAUGCCUUAAAGUUAAAAAAACGAAGUUUGAUGGAAAAUGGUGCGAAACAACCUUGGGAACAGAAUACGACAUACUAGGACAAAAGCAAACUUUCGGAUUAUCAUUGGGAAUGUGCCUUCCAAGUAGUUGCUCAGAAGAGUUUAUUAUAGAUCAUCUUCAGUCUAUUGCCAAUGCCUCCAAUCAGAAAGUUUCUGUUGAUUGCCCUAUUCAACCAAUCGGAUGGACAGCAAUAGAUAUAUUCUCUUUCUUCAUAUUCUGUCUCCUACUUUCUUUUGUUGCAUUUGGAACAAUGGUUGAUCUAUUUGUUUCUUGUAAAAAUCAAAAAAAUAGUGGAAAUCUUUCUGUCAGUGGAGAUGGAAUCUAUGGAGUGUCAUCAGAAAGUAAUUGCACCAGUGAAUCAGUGUGGGUAAAGGUAGCUCGUGCAUUUUCCAUCAUCGAAAACACAAAAAUUCUUCUGAACACUGACAACAAGCCCGGAACGAUUGAUGUUUUGCAUGGAAUGAGGUUUCUUAGCAUAUCAUGGGUUGUUUUGGGACAUACCUACGUCAUGACAUUGUUGUAUAUAGAUAAUAGCAUUGAUCUUAUCAACUGGCUUAUUGAAUCAUUCUCAUUUCAAACUGUAUCAAAUGCUUCUUUCUCUGUCGAUACUUUUUUCUUCUUAAGUGGAUUGCUGUGUUGUUAUUUGGGUUUAAAAGAAGGAAAACGCAAGAAUGGAAAAUUAAAUGUUCCUUUGAUGUAUCUGCAUCGAUAUUUAAGAUUGACUCCAGCCUAUGCUUUUCUAAUUCUCUUUCUCGUUGGAUUUUAUAGUAAGUUAGGAGAUGGGCCAAUGUGGCCUAAUCAUGUUAAUGGCACAAGUGCUAUUUGUCAUCAAUACUGGUGGACUAAUUUACUUUAUAUCAACAAUCUUUAUCCUACACAAUUAAAUGGAGAGUGUUUCGCUCUGGCAUGGUAUCUAGCUAAUGAUAUGCAAUUUUUCCUAUUGGCUCCAAUAUCUAUUAUAAUUUUGACUAGGAGGCCAAAAAUUGGAAUCAACUUGCUGGUGUUUGGAAUAUUCAGUAGUCUUCUAGUUAGUGGUGUGAUAUCUUCUCAUUAUCAACAGCAACCACAAAGCCUCGGUCUUUCUCUUUUACUGAGAAUGUUAAUGAACCCUCCACCAACACCUGGUCCAUCACCAAAUGGCACCGAUCAUUCGGUUGGAAUGAAUGGGUUAGGAAUGCCACCUAUGUCACCUAAGGAUACAUUCUGGAGUGACUUAUACACAAAACCUUGGUGUCGUAUCCAUGUUUACCUAAUUGGGAUGAUUACUGGAUAUAUUUUACAUGCCACUAAAUGCAAAAUCAGAAUGACUAAGCUCUUUGUUGCGGCUGGAUGGGCAAUUGCAGCGGCUUUGAACUUGGCCGUAUUGUACGGUCUUUGGCCAUAUGUGAAAGAUGGUACAAUGAUGACGGUCAGUCUCUCUGCUUUCUACAAUGCAAUGUCUCGUCCUAUAUGGGCAGUCGGUCUUGCAUGGGUGGUUAUUGCAUGUACAUCUGGAUAUGGUGGUCCUGUCAACACUUUCUUGAGUUGGAAGUUAUUUGUUCCACUGAGUAGAUUGACAUAUUGCAUAUAUCUCGUUCAUACUCUCAUAUUGUUCUGGUGGUUCUCUACUCAAGAGCAGUCUGUACAUUUCUCCAAUACCAUGUUUGCAUUUUACUAUGUCGGUCUUUUGUUCAUGUCAAUAUUUGGAGCAUAUUGUCUUUCUAUGCUGAUCGAGUCUCCAUUUAUCAGACUAGUUAGUCUGAUCACAUAUCGUGGAAAGCAGAAAAAUGUACUGGCAACAGGAGAAGAUGUACAGGAUCCACUCUUAAUCAAUGAAGUGCAACAAGAGGAAUAAAGUGAUAAUAAUUUUAAAAAGUAGAAACCAUGAAAUGUAUAUGAUGUAAUGUAUAAUUUUGGUAGAAUUCAACUGAAUUAUAGAUAACCUUUGCUGAUGUUCUAGCAUAUUCAUAGAAUAAUAUCUUGGUAAACCAUUAAAUAUUUCACGUUUGAAAUUUGGUAAAAUUCUCUCGUAUAGCAUAUAAAAACCACAAACAAAAUUACCAAAAAUGGAAAUGUGUAUUACUUGUAAAUAGCAGUAGUAAUGCUUCAAAAUUUUAACAACCCAAGUUAGUCCAGAGUUAAUAAUAUUGGAGGAUCAAGGAUCACCCAAUAUUAAUUGGUUAUGAUAAUAGUAUUAUUUCAGUUUGUGUUAUUUGAAUUCAAUUAGUCAUUCAUUAUUCAAUCAUUUUCAAUUUUGCAUUAUUAUUUCAAAAUAUCAAAUUUUUAGUGAAAAAUCAAUUUCUCUGCGUAGAGGGCAGAGUUAAAAAUCAAAUAGUUUUUUCAUUUUCUCUGAAUCCCUUAGUUCCACAUAUCGUUGCAAAUGCCAUAGUUCCGAUAUUUUAACAUUUUUAGUCACAUUGUGAAAUUUUGAGGUUCCUGCUUUUUUAAAUAUAAUAUCAGUAUCUUUACCCUGUGAGUUAAUAUCUAGCACCUAUUUUUAGAUUUUACAUUUCAUUUAAAUAUAGUUUUAUAAUUUGAAUAAUUGUAUAGUAAAUUACUGAUUUUAUAAUAAAAAAUUUGAUAUAAUAUAACCUUGAUUUUAUACAGCAUUGAAUUUUAGCAAACCUCACAUUUAUUUUCACUCAUUGCCAUUUAUGAACUGCAUCAAUGUGGUGCAUACAAAUGUCUUACAUCGCCUUGUUUCUGUAGUUUUUGUUUUCAAAACGCAUAUUGUAACACCAAUGUGAAGUCUUUUUACCGAAUUUUUCAUGUCUUUUAAUAUCUGAAUAGUUCCUGAUUUUCAACUAAAUAUUUUUUUGGAGAGAGAUUUUAUACAAAUGUCUGCAACUAUUUUAGUGAUUGCAAAUUUGAGUAUUUUGUCUGUCUGAGUCUCGCAUCAUUUGUCUGUGCCUUAUUGUUUGUUUCAUACUAGAAGAUUUGUACUAUGUGCCUGAUAUUUGUCGUCAGUCUAUUUGUUGGAUACAUAUCAUUUUCUGGUUUGUAUGGGUGUCUGGUAUUAUUGUCACACCAUAUGUCUGCUCAUGCCUUAUUGUUCAUUUGUACUACAAGAUUUGUAGUAUGUGUCUGAUAUUUGUCUUGUGUAUGUCUGAUGGAUAGACUUUGAAAGAUCUUUUUGUUUGUUUGUAUGGGUGUUUCUUAGUCUGGUAUUAUUGGUCAUACCAUACGACUGCUACCUUCCAAUAUCCAGGUAGUAGAAAAUGGAUGAGUAUAUCAGUCUUAUCAAAUAUGUACAUUUGGGAAAAACUUUUUAUCUUUCAUCUGGAACAUCUGUAUUGUAUUUUAUGUUAGUAAGUAUAUAUAGAAUUUACCUAUCACUUUAUGUUUUUCACUUUCAUACUGGUGGGUCCGAUCGCCAGCAUAUGUUUGCUAAUGUUUUGCGAAUUGUGAAGGCACUGUUACUUUAAAAUUAUCAGUUAUAAAAUCAGCAUGAAAAUAAUUGAUCAGCAUUCUCUUACAAUACAUGCAUACGGUAAGUAUUUUAUUUGUGUAAUUCAUUCAUUUUCAACGUAUAUGCAGUAAUGGUAGGCUAUCUAUUUUUUCUGAAAUGUUUAUCUGCUUAACUGUCUGCUGUUGUUUAAUAUGGUACUAAAUAUUGGAGAUUAAAUUUAUAGAUUGUU